GCCGCCGCCGCCGUCGCCGUCGCCGCGCGCUGGCUGAGGCCAGGCAUGGCGUGUGGCUUCCGCAGGUCGAUUGCCAGUCAGCUUUCCAGAGUUUUGGAUCUUCCACCAGAAAACUUGAUCAAGUCAAUAUCUGCAAUUCCAAUUUCCAAAAAAGAAGAAGUAGCAGAUUUUCAGCUUUCUGUGGAGUCUUUACUGGAAAACAACAGUGACCUUUCAAGACCAGAUAUUCAAGCUCAAGCCAAGAGACUGGCAGAAAAGCUUAAGUGUGAUACAGUGGUGAGUGAAAUCAGCACUGGUCCAAGGACAGUAAAUUUUAAAAUAAACCGAGAACUGUUAACAAAGGCUGUGCUGCAACAAGUAAUCAAAGAUGGCUCAAAAUAUGGAUUAAAAAGUGAACUUUUUGCUGGUCUUCCCCAGAGGAAUAUAGUAGUUGACUUCAGCUCACCUAAUGUUGCCAAAAAAUUUCAUGUUGGACAUUUGCGUUCCACUAUCAUAGGAAAUUUUAUAGCAAAUCUUAAAGAAGCUUUAGGACAUCGAGUAACAAGAAUAAAUUACCUUGGAGACUGGGGCAUGCAGUUUGGUCUUCUGGGAACAGGCUUCAAACUAUUUGGCUAUGAAGAGAAACUCCAGUCCAAUCCUUUACAGCAUCUCUUUGAGGUUUAUGUGCAAGUUAAUAAAGAAGCAGCAGAUGAUAAAAAUAUAGCAAAAUCAGCACAUGAGUUCUUCCAGCGUUUGGAACAGGGUGACACGCAAGCCCUUUCUCUAUGGCAGAGAUUUCGGGACUUGAGUAUUGAAGAGUACAUUCGGAUUUACAAGCGCCUAGGAAUAUACUUUGAUGAAUAUUCUGGAGAAUCUUUUUAUCGGGAAAAAUUUCAAGAAGUUUUAAAGUUGCUGGACAGUAAAGGACUUCUACAGAAAACAAUAGAAGGAACUGCUGUAGUGGACCUCUCUGGGAAGGGUGACCCCUCUUCCAUCUGCACUGUGAUGCGAAGUGAUGGGACUUCUCUCUAUGUAACCAGAGAUCUUGCAGCUGCAAUAGAUCGAAUGGAUAAAUAUAAUUUUGAUACAAUGAUUUAUGUGACAGAUAAAGGGCAGAAGAAGCAUUUUCAGCAAGUGUUUCAAAUGCUGAAGAUCAUGGGAUAUGACUGGGCAGAAAGAUGCCAACAUGUGCCCUUUGGAGUAGUGCAGGGAAUGAAGACUAGAAGAGGAGAGGUCACUUUUCUGGAAGAUGUCUUAAAUGAGAUUCGGUUAAGGAUGCUACAGAACAUGGCCUCCAUUAAGACCAGUAAAAAACUUGAGGACCCACAGCAGACUGCAGAGAAGGUGGGACUUGCAGCGCUCAUCAUUCAGGAUUUCAAAGGUUUACUCUUAUCUGACUAUCAGUUCAGCUGGGAUCGUAUUUUCCAGAGUCGAGGGGACACAGGAGUCUUCCUCCAGUACACACAUGCUCGCCUCCACAGUUUGGAAGAGACUUUUGGAUGUGGUUAUCUGAAUGACUUCAACACUGCUUGUUUACAAGAGCCACAAUCUGUUUCAAUUCUCCAGCAUCUUCUCAGGUUCGAUGAGGUGAUUUAUAGAACAUCUCAGGACCUUCAACCCAGGCACAUUGUUAGUUACCUUCUAACUCUAAGUCAUCUUGCAUCUGUGGCUCAUAAAACACUCCAAAUAAAAGAUAGUCCACCUGAAGUGGCUGGGGCCAGACUUCAACUCUUCAAAGCUGUCCGUUCUGUCCUAGUCAAUGGAAUGAAACUUCUUGGAAUAACACCUGUAUAUAGGAUGUAAUUUCUAAUUAAAAUGGCUUUUUAAAAUAUUAAAAAAAGAACUCUAGUUAUUUUUAGAUGACUUGUUUAGGACAGAAUUUAAACUAUAAUUCUAUACCAGAAUUUAUUCUAUUAAACAACUAAUCAACUUAGUUUUAUCCAUACAAAUGAGUUCUCUC